AUGGGCUCCAUUCGUGAUAACUUGGACCUUAUCGCCAAUGUAUACAAGCGAUUUUUGGCCUCCCGAAACAUCAACACUUUUGCUAUUGAUAGGAACGGGUCCCAAAUCUCGUUGCUUGCUUCCGAGGGCAAAUUCCUGGUCUCUUUAAAAGACGGUCUUUAUACUCUGGAAAAUACAACAAAGGACGUCGACGGCACACCGCUGUCGUUCUCUGCGUCGCUCGCCUGGCCCGACGGGCACACAGUGAACUAUCCUGUUGACUACGAUAGCAUCGAUCCCGACCUGCUAUCUGUGCUAAUUUCUGCGAUCACCAGGAAGCUGGGCCCGUUUUUGCCAGAACCGGUCUCUUCGAGCCAAUCUGUGCUACAAGAAUCCGUUUCGCGUGCUCUGCCACCUUCAGAGUCGCAGUCAGCCCCCCAAUUGGCCUCUAAUGUCAAACCAUCGCCUGCAUUAACUGCCCCGGCUCCCAAACCUCUACCGUCUGUGCUUGCUCCGCCAAGAUUCGAGGACGAGCACCAGAUCCAGUCCGACCGCACAUCCACUGUCUCGGCACCUGCUGCUCAGUCGGGAACCAGCGAUCUCUACCCUGGCGGAAUCAAAGACCCUAUCCUCAAACCGUACCUUGAUCCACUGGCCAUCAACGGGACCCAGGGUGGGGGCAUGCACCCCACCGCGUCAGAUCCCAUGUUUGGCGGCCGCUUGCCGGACCCUCGCCACGGGAUCAGGUACUCCGACCCGCUAAUGGGCCCGGACGACGACCCUGAGCUUUUGGGAGCAGGACUGCCGGGCCACCUGGGGCUACCGGGCCAGGGUUUCAACCGUCCACGGGGUCCACCAGGACCCCCGGGUUCCUUCGGUGGCGGGUUCAACGGGUUCAUCUAA